AUGCUGCUCCUCCGCCUCCUCCCUCUGCUGGCGACCACCCUGGGGGCCCCCCUGCUCCAGGAAACCCCGGGGCAGAGAUGCGGUCUCUCCCGGUACCGGUUCCUGCCGCCCCAGGAGCUGCGAGCUGUGAAGAGGAUGAAGGAGCAGUUUGAGGACAUCAUGCUGCUGUCAGACCACAGAUGCCACACCAAGCUCUUCUAUCGGAAAUGGAACCCAGCAGAGCUGUCGGUGCCUGACCGAGUGAUGCUGGCAGAAGCCGAGCUGGACCUGGCCAUCUCCAUGCUGGAGCUCCCUGCAGCCCCCACCUUUGCUGAGACCCGCCAGAGACCCUUGGACUUCCUUGCCCAAGCCCAGGAGGACCUGCGAAGCUGUAUGGCCACAGAAGCUCCUCACCAGCCCUCCAGGAGACUGAGGAACUGGCUGCAGAAGCUGCAGACAGCCAAGGAAACAGAGACUACCAGCUGCCUGGAGGCCUCUGUCAUCCUCUACAUCUUCAAAGUGCUGAAUGACCUGCAGUGUGCAGCCUUGGGGGAGCAAUGCUCCUAG